AUGCUCACGACCGACACGGCAGCGCCGCCUUUUGACCAGGGUUACAGUAACAAUCCGUACAAUUCGCGCAAUAAAUUCUUCAACGAUCGCUCCUACGACCCUUCCGUGCCAGUCGACUCGUCCCGAGCGGCGUCGGGUGUCCCAAACGACCCCAAUUCACGCUACUACGACUACGAAUCUGCCUAUUCAGCCGCUGCCGCCUCCUCUUCGCUCAUGAACGGCAUCGUUGGGCCCGCCCAGCCGGGCGCGAUGUAUGUCCGAGCUCUCUACGAUUACGAAGCUGACGAUAGGACGAGUCUGAGUUUCCAUGAGGGAGAUGUUAUCCAAGUUAUCAACCGCCUCGACAGUGGCUGGUGGGAUGGAGUGAUUAACGGUGUUCGAGGCUGGUUCCCAAGUAAUUACUGCCAGGUCAUAACAAGUCCCGACGAACUUCCCGAUACCAUUCUGCACGCCGCUGCCGCCGACCAUGCGGACGACGAACUGGUCGAGGAAGGCGAGGCGUACGAGGAGGAGUUUGAGGAUGACGAAUCGGAUCCGGAUGGCGUCGACGGCCUGCCUCUCGAGGGCAUCGAGAGCGAGGAUAGGUCGAGGUCGGAUUUCUGGAUUCCGCAAGCCACACCCGACGGCAGGUUGUUUUACUACAAUAUGAUGACAGGCGACCGCACGACCGAGCUACCCCUCGAAUCACCCAGCUCCUCAGCCGAUGCCGGGCCUAGGGAUCGGAGCGGCACGAACGUUUCCAUGCCUGACGAGACACGGCCACCCCCCGAGAUGAUGGCAAGAGGAGGCUUGACACGAGAUGAGGAACAGGAUUCCGAGGCGAACUCGGCUUCCGAGAUAGAAGGAGAGAAUAUUCUCGCUGGCCCACGGGGUGCUUUGAGCUCGUUCAACGAUACACUCUCACCCUCGGUCUCGAUGGAUUCCAUCAAUGGCAUCUCCCCAGUCGCUCGCGGUAACCGAGGCGAUCCAUUUGCGAAUGGCGUGCCUACCGGUCAAACACCCAUGAUAGCUUCCGCUACCUCGUUUACUACCUCACCUUACUCCCUCCCAGCUACUACUUCCAUCCCACGAUCCUUCUUUGAUGACGGCCAGACCCCUCCCCUGACCUGGACUCGCCUUGUACAAAAUAUGAAGAGAGCUAUCGACCGGUAUCGCGAAGCGAUAACCAGCAACCGCCGAUCCGAAUACGUAGCCCGCGCCGAAGACAUAUCUGACCACCUACGCCUUCUCCUAGCUGCGGGUUCUGGAACAACAGAUAACCACUCUGGCCAGCCGUCCAUCAUUUCGCAAAAUAAAGCUCUAUAUCCUCACUUUAGGGACAUGAUGUCCAAAUUCUCCAAACUCGUUAUAUCCUCCCACAUCGCCGCCGCUGACUGGCCGAACGCCGAGUCCGUACAAAAGUGCUUGAUGGAAGCCGAAGGUGUCUUCCAAGGUGUCUUCAACUAUGUAGAAGUAGCGCGGCAACAACGAGGAGAGGAGAUCCCCCGUCUCUUUCCCGGAUUCGUUAUUGGAAGCAAUACCGGCGGCAGCUGGCAGAACAAUGGCUUAGGACCCCGGGAUCCGAUUAUGACCAACUUCCUUGAUGACGAUGAAGGAGUUAUGGAACCUUCGGCGAUUUUGGAUGCGAAGCUUCUUGAGAGGCUAGAUGAGCUCAAACGUAUGCUUGUUUCGAGCAUCCGAGAGCUUGAUAAGCAGCUGGUCAUAACGGACAAAAUCGUAACACCCUACCGGCAUGAGCUCGUCGGAAACAACGUCUGCACUGCUGGGACUAAGGUGCUGGAGACGUUCAAGCCUUGGAUCGCUAUGAUCGAGUCCAUCGACUUGUCAGUUCUGGGAAACACCUUCCAGACCCCACAGCUAGCCGACUUCAGCACGAACAAGCAAAGUUUGUACGAUAACCUGUCGGAUUUAAUUCUAGGAUGCCAAGCGGUCGCGGGUCCUCUUGCGGAUGAGUGGGCCGAAGUACACGGCGAGGCGCUGGAAAACCGACUAGAGUAUGUAAGGCAGUGUGCCAGGGCGCUCGAGACUAACUCGUCACACGUCGGUUUCUCACUGCAGCUCCUCUCGGAACAGGUCCAGAUUAAUCUCCAGGCGCAGCAGAACAGCAUGAGGCAAAGGGAGGACCAAUUGGUCCGCGAGCAGCUCCAGAGGUCCCAGACCAUGCCAUACGGCGGCCAGCCCCAGCGGACCGAUUCCCGUGCUAUGCCGAUACGGCAACCUCUCUUGCAGAGCCAAUCGUUCGGCGGCGAUCUUGAUCCUACCGCGCCAGGGAACUUCCGGAAAGGCGACUAUAGUAGCUCUAAGCUUAAGAAGAUCCUCGGUGAAGAUCCCUCGGCUGAGGCUGGCAUGGGCAUGGGGGCUGGAGACGAUACGCCACCAUACCUCCGACUCGACUACGAACACGAGAUCGCGUGGGAAUUCAAGACCCAACCCCCCACCGUCAAGGGUGGUACCCUCCCCGCUCUCGUGGAGCAGCUCACUCGUCACGACAAGCUGGAUUCUGGCUUCACGGACACCUUCCUACUCACGUACCGAUCAUUUACAACGGCCCGAGAACUGUUCGAGCUCCUUGUUAAGCGGUUCAACAUUCAACCGCCCGAGGGCCUAACACAGCAAGACUACGAAGUAUGGAGGGACCGAAAGCAAAAGCUCAUUCGGUUCCGAGUGGUCAAGAUCUUGAAGAGCUGGUUCGAUAACUUCUGGAUGGAGGAUUACAACGAGGAGUCUAGGGCGCUAAUUCGCGACGUGUACAACUUUGCGAGGGACACGGUCAAGUCGACGGAGACUCCCGGCUCGGCGCCACUCAUGCAGGUCCUCGACCAGAGGCUCAACGGAAAGGAGGUCGGCGUCAAGCGCAUGAUCCAGACUCUCAACCAGAACAGCCCUGCGCCCAUCAUGCCGAGGAGCAUGAAGAAACUCAAGUUCCUCGACAUCGACGUGACCGAGUUCGCCCGCCAACUGACAAUUAUCGAGUCUCGACUGUAUAGCAAGAUUAAGCCUACCGAGUGCCUCAACAAGACUUGGCAGAAGAAGGUGGGCGAGGGCGAGCCCGAGCCAGCGCCGAAUGUCAAGGCGCUCAUCUUGCACUCUAACCAGAUGACCAACUGGGUUGCGGAGAUGAUUCUUGCGCAGGUCGAUGUGAGGAAGCGAGUCGUGGUCAUCAAACACUUUAUCUCCGUUGCUGAUAAAUGUCGUGCUCUGAACAACUUCUCCACUCUUACCUCUAUUAUCUCAGCCCUUGGAACUGCGCCCAUAGCACGUCUGAAGCGAACUUGGGAUCAGGUACCCCAGAGGACACAGACUGUCCUUGAAUCUAUGAGGAAGCUCAUGGCCAGUACCAAGAACUUCGGUGAAUACAGAGAAGCCUUACAUGCGGCGAAUCCACCUUGUAUCCCUUUCUUUGGCGUCUACUUGACCGAUCUCACAUUCAUCGAGGACGGUAUCCCCUCCAUCAUCAAGAAAACGAACCUCAUCAACUUCUCCAAGAGAGCCAAGACGGCCGAAGUCAUCGGAGACAUUCAGCAAUACCAGAACGUCGGCUACUUACUGCAGCCGGUGACGGAGCUCCAGGAUUACAUAUUAAGCAACAUGCAAGCGGCUGGAGACGUGCACGAGAUGUAUGAUAAGAGUCUCCAGGUGGAGCCUCGUGAGCGCGAGGAUGAGAAGAUUGUUAGGGUGCUGGCUGAGUCUGGAUUCCUUUGA